GCAACACAUAUCCAUGUAUUAAAUCGAUUAAAAUACUUUUUUCAUUUUAUAAAUCAAUAUUGGAAAUGUAUUAUUCAAUAUGAUUAUAAAAAACUAUUCAAACAUUAUUCUAUUCAUCCUCAUAAUUCAUAUCUAUUAAUUAUUAGUAAAUGUUAUAUAUUAUUAUUAAUCAUGAAUACAGUAUUAUGUAUAUCAACCAAAUAUACUAAACAUAAAAAUAUGACAUUAUACCCAGUAACAAUGAAUAAUAUCAUCACCACCAUCACCACCACAACAACACCAACAACAACAACUAAUGAAUUGAUUGAAUCAAAUCAUUUAUAUACUAAUCCAAUACAAUCUAUUUAUCAUUUUAAACCACCUGAUUAUAAACGUCCAUGUAGAUAUCGUUUUAAUGAUGAUGUUGAAACGAGUACAUUAUUAGCUGAUUAUGUUAUUAUUGGUUGGCCAAUACAAAUAUAUCGUCGUCAAUUUGGUCCAUUAUAUAAUAUUAGUUUAUUAGUACAAAAUAUAUUAAAAACAGUUAAAUAUAGUAGAUUUCCUAUACGUAUUAAUCAUUUAUUAAGAAUAGGACAAUUUAGUAUAUUUCCAGAUCCUGGACGAUGUUGGAUUAAUGUUCAUAAAAAUAAAAAAUAUAUAUUUUUUUUAAAUCAACCAGAUUGGUCUGGAUUUUCAAAAAUUACACAAUUACCUGUUGAAUAUACAAAUUAUGCAUAUAAUUCUAUUAUAAGAAUUAUGAAACUUGGUGGUAAGUACAUAUGA